AUGGGACGCGGCGGAAAACGCGGACGCGGACGAGGCCGCGGUGCACGGUCGAACGGGCCGUCGCGGCCGGACGACGGGCAAGCGAACCGGACAGACGUCCUGGGCGCGCACGAGAUGCACAACAAGCGCUUCGAAUCCUACUACACCCGCCAAAACCUCGUAUCUACUCCCGAAGAAUGGAGCAAGCUACUUGAAGCAGCACGUGCGCCAUUGCCCACGACGUUCCGGAUCGCCGCAGGUCGCGAGACGGCACAGGUUCUCAAGGACGCGAUCGAGAAGACGUAUGUCCCUCAUCUGCAGGGCGUCGUGUUUGAAGGCGAAGCCGUCGACCCGCCCACGCAGCUCUCCUGGUAUCCCGGCGGCCUGGGCUGGCAGUUCAACGUCGCCAAAAAGGUUCUUCGGAGGUCACCCGAGUUCAAGCGCUUCCACAGCUUCCUCGUCUACGAGACCGAGGUCGGGAAUAUAACGCGCCAAGAGGCCGUGUCGAUGUUGCCCCCUCUGUUCUUGGACGUGCAGCCUCAUCACAAGGUCAUGGACAUGUGCGCCGCUCCGGGAUCAAAGACAUCGCAGCUACUCGAGUUCCUGCACGCGUCGGCCGAGCCGGGCGCACAGAGCAUCCCUCCCGGUCUACUGGUCGCGAACGACAGCGACUACAAGCGCGCCCAGCUGCUCAUCCACCAGUCCGCGCGCCUACCCUCGCCCGCGUUCCUCGUGACGAACAUGGACGCGUCCAACUACCCCACCCUCUCCCUCGGCACAUCCGCCGCCGCAUCUACCUCUACUGCGACCAAAAAGCCGAAGAUGAAGGGUCUUCCCGCGAACACUACACCUCUCCUGUUCGACCGCAUCCUCUGCGAUGUACCGUGUUCCGGCGACGGUACACUGAGGAAGAACGUGGGUAUAUGGAAGACGUGGAACCCGAUGGACGGCAAUGGCUUGCAUGGGCUGCAGACGAGGAUAUUGACGCGUGCGAUGCGGAUGCUGGAACAGGGCGGACGGGUCGUGUAUUCGACGUGCUCGUUGAACCCGGUCGAGAACGAGGCUGUCAUCGCAGAGGCGUUGAAGACUGUAAAGGGCUUCGAGCUCUUAGACGUCUCCUCCCACCUCCCUACCCUCCACCGCGCGUCCGGCCUCCACACAUGGGUACCCGCAACAGACAAGCACCUAACCUUCCACGAAACCUACGCCUCCUACAUCGACUCUCUCCCCGAAGACAAACGUUCAACGGCGAAGAUGAUGAAGAGCCACUGGCCGCCGAGUUCUGAAGAGGUCGAGAGCCUGCAUCUGGAGAGGUGUAUGCGGGUGUACCCGCAUUUGCAGGACACAGGAGGCUUCUUCGUCGCCGUUCUUGAGAGGAAAGCGAGGGUCAGGAAGGAGGGCGCCGCGAAGGAGGGCAAGAGGGCUGCUGAGGAUGAUGGUGCUGGUGCCGAGCCGGCGGGCAAGAAGCCGAGGCUGGACGCGGACACGACCGGUGCAGAUGCGCCGGCUGCUACUGCCGCUCCCGCAGGCGAGGAAGCUGUCGCUGCGGAAGGUGUAGCGGUUGAGGAGGAUGUAGCGGAUGACAAGGAGAAAGAGCCGACGCCGCCCGCUCUGGAUGGUAGCUUCAAGGAAAUGCCAUAUACGUAUCUCGCGCCAGACGAGCCACUUGUUGACGCAGCUAUCACCGCCGCACACCUCCUCCCCACCUUCCCCCGGAACAACCUCCUCACGCGCAACCCCGGCGGCGAACCCGCGCGCUCCCUCUACCUCACCAACGACCUCGUCCGCCGCGUAGUCGACAACAACGACUUUGCGCGCAUACGGCUCAUGGCAGCGGGCACGCGAAUCUUCACCAGGCAAGAGGGCGGCUUCGGUGCGAAGGGCGAGAAAGCGCUGGCCAGGGAAGCCGCCGACGGAGAAAAGGAGAAGGAGGCGCUGAAGAAGGGCGAGCGGCCGUCGGUGUGGAGGUUGCUGAGCGAGGGAUUGCCGGCCGUGCUGCCCUUCGCUGAUCCUGCGGCUAUCAUCAAGGCGGAUGCGGACGCGCUGAGGGUGCUCAUUGCGGAGUAUUAUCCGCUUUUGUCGUCGUUUGCGCCGGAGUACAAGGCGGUGCUCGAGAGCAAAGCUCUCGGCAGCCAUGUCUCCCGCUUUCACAUCCCGCCCUCAUCCACACACGACCGCGAGCUCCAGCUCUGCCUCCCCAUCUGGCGCAGCGCGAACAGCGCGAGCCUCAUGAUCGACAAGAAGGCCAAGAGCGCGCUGAGCUUGAGGGUGUUUGGCGAGGACGUGAGCGUCGCGGGCAGGGAGGCCGCACAGAAGCUGAAGGAGGCGAGGGAGAAGAAGGAGGCGGAUAGUGCCAGCGCGGUUGCGUCUGGUGCGGCGACGCCGGCUGUGGAGGGCGAGGCGGCGGAGGUGGGCGCGGUUAUGUCUGCUGUGGCGGAGGGCGCGGCUGUUGGGCAGGAUGUUGAGAUGAAAGAGUAG